AGUGCGUCACAGGGGGCGGGCGGCGGCGGCGGCGGCGGGUCGCGUCAGGGGCGCCUCCGGUGGACGGUGGCGACGCCGGGCGGGGAGGCAGUGCCUGCCCGGGGAACGGCGGGAGCGCGGGCCAGCGGCGGCGGCGGCGGGCCGGGACGCAGGCGGAGCCCCGCGCCGGCCCAAGGUCCCGGCUAUGGCCGCGGCUACCAUCGUGCACGACACGUCUGAGGCCGUGGAGCUGUGCCCCUCCUACGGCCUGUACCUCAAGCCCAUCACCAAGAUGACCAUCAGCGUGGCCCUGCCGCAGCUGAAGCAGCCGGGCAAGUCCAUCUCCAACUGGGAGGUGAUGGAGCGGCUCAAGGGCAUGGUGCAGCACCACCAGUUCUCGACGCUGCGCAUCUCCAAGAGCACCAUGGACUUCAUCCGCUUCGAGGGCGAGGUGGAGAACCGCAGCCUGGUGCGGUCCUUCCUGGCCUGCCUGGACGGCAAGACCAUCAAGCUCAGCGGCUUCUCGGACAUCCUCAAGGUGCGCGCCGCCGAGUUCAAGAUCGACUUCCCCACGCGCCACGACUGGGACUCCUUCUUCCGCGACGCCAAGGACAUGAACGAGACGCUGCCCGGGGAGCGGCCGGACACCAUCCACCUGGAGGGGCUGCCCUGCAAGUGGUUCGCGCAGAAGGAGUCGGGCUCGGAGAAGCCCAGCGAGGAGGUGCUGGUGCAGGUGUUCGAGAAGUUCGGGGCGAUCCGCAACGUGGACAUCCCCAUGCUGGACCCCUACCGGGAGGAGAUGACGGGCCGGAACUUCCACACCUUCAGCUUCGGGGGCCACCUCAACUUCGAGGCCUACGUGCAGUACCGCGAGUACGUGGGCUUCAUCCAGGCCAUGAGCGCGCUGCGCGGCAUGAAGCUCAUGUUCAAGGGCGACGACGGCAAGGCCGUGGCCUGCAGCAUCAAGGUGUCCUUCGACUCCACCAAGCACCUGAGCGACGCCUCCAUCAGGAAGCGGCAGCUGGAGCGGCAGAAGCUGCAGGAGCUGGAGCGGCAGCGCGAGGCGCAGAAGCGCCGCGAGAAGGAGGCGGAGGAGCGGCAGCGCGCCGAGGAGAGGAAGCAGAAGGCGCUGGAGGAGCUGGAGCGCGAGCGCAAGCGGGAGGAGAAGCUGCGCAGGCGCGAGCAGAAGCAGCGCGAGCGCGAGUCGCGGCGCAGCCAGAGGAAGCUGCAGAAGGUGCAGGCGGAGGAGCAGCGGCAGCUGCAGCACAAGAUCCGCCUGGAGGAGCGCAGGCUGCUGCUGGCGCAGCGCAACCUGCAGUCGCUGCGCCUGGUCGCCGAGCUGCUGAGCAGGGCCAAGGCCGCCAAGCUGCAGGAGGCCGAGCAGCAGGAGGAGCGGCGGCGGCUGCAGCAGCAGGAGGAGCGGCGGCGGCUGCAGGAGGCCGAGCUGCGGCGCGUGGAGGAGGAGAAGGAGCGCGCGCUCGGCCUGCAGCGCCGGGAGCGGGAGUUGCGCGGGCGCCUGCUCAGCCUCCUGCUCAGCCGCAAGGCGGACGACGCGCGGCCGCCCGAGGACCUGCUGCAGCCCGUGCUGGACAUCCUGCAGACCGUGUCCUCCGGCGGCGUGGGCGCCGCCUCGCUGCACCCGCUCCUGGGCCAGCCGGGCCCCGGGACCCCCAAGGAGACCCCGCCGCGCCCCGAGGCCGACGGCGCCCCCCGGAGCGUGAACGGGAACAGCGCCGAGGAGACCGCGGGCCCGGAGGGCGGCUCGCCCGAGAAGAGGGGCGCCGGCGUGCUCUCCUGCCUCCCCGACAACGCGCCGCCGCCCAGGGGCGCCCCCGCCGGCGGCGAGCAGAGCCUGGCCAAGAGGGAGGCGCGCUCCGAGCAGGACAAGUGCAACCGCGAGCCCAGCCGGGGCCGCGGCCGGGCCAGCCGCGAGGGCAGCGCCGAGGACCGCCGCGCGCGCGAGAGGAGCCGGGCCCGGCGCACGGGCAGCCGCGAGGACGGGCGGCCGCGCCAGGAGCGGCGCUCCCACAAGAAGCACCAGGACCAGGACCAGGACGGCAGCCCGCGGCGCAGCGCCAGCCCGCGGAGGUCGCACAGCCAGGACCGGCGUGGCCGCCGGGAGCGCAGCCGGCAGCGCCGGGGCAGCGCCAGCCGGAAGCGCAGCCGCCACCGCCGCCGCAGCCCGCACUCCCGCCCGCGCUCGCCCAGCAGGCAGCGCAGCGCCUGGAGCAGGUGAUGAAGGGCGGCGCCGGGCCAGGGGCCAGGGGCCAGGGCCCG